UAACAGAACAAACAGUGGUGCAUACCGGUUUGUCGGCAACAACGAGAAGGGUGUAUUAUAGUUUCAGUCUGUAUUUUAUCUUUCACAAGAGACAGGAAACGUUAACACUGUUACAGUGAAAAAUAGGAACAUGGAGGAAACCAUUUCAAAUGAACAAAUCCCAGUCAGCACUGUUCAGCCUGGAGACAUGGAGAGUGACCAAUUAGAUAGCAAAGAAGUCUCAAAUGAUCAAGCCAACAACAAAGAAGCUGUAAAGAGUACAUCGCAACCGUCUGGCGACCCAGAGCAGGAGGAGGUAAAGUGUGAUUCAUGCAUUGAGAAACCUCUCAAGGCCUCCAAAUCCUGCCUGACCUGCAUGGUGUCCUACUGUGAGGAGCAUCUGAGGCCUCAUCUAGAGAACAGCAAAUUUCAGAGCCAUAGGUUAGUGGAGCCUCAGCUGGACAUGGAGCAGCGUAUAUGUGAGCAUCACCAGCUGGAACUGCAGAUAUAUUGUAUGAAUGACAACUGCUGCAUUUGUUCACAAUGCGAGACAGAAGGACACCAAGGGCACAAUGUCACACCAGUAGAUGAGGCACGCAAACAUAUCGAGAGCGAGCUACAACAAAAACAGAAAGAAACACUGAAGACUUUAACAGCUGCUGAACAGGCCAUUAACAAGCUACAGAACAACUCCACAUCCAUUGAAAGCUCAGUACUUGGGGUUCAUGCUGAAAUUGAGCAGCAGUUCUCAAUCCUGCAAAGCGCGAUUGAUGAGGCCCAGAAGAAAGCUUUUGACCUUCUGGAUGGGGAACACAAGCAGGCCGUGAGUCAGGCAGAGAGCAUCCAUAGCCACCUGAAGCAGAAGAUGUCUGAGCUGAAGAAGACCAUGACUCAAGUGGAGCGAUUUUCCAAGAAUAAGAACCAUGUUGAUUUUUUGCAGGAAUACACAGAGUGGAAAAAGGACUCGGUGGAUGUGUGCUUACCCGGUAUUUACAUCAGCCUCAUAGACCGUCUGACCACUUUUAGUCGCAUUGUUAAAGAAUCAACUCAGUCCUUGUGUGAUCUGCUGCUGUCCACCUUCCAUGUUCAGCUCAAGGAACUUUGUAAAAGUGACACACUGGGCAUUAAGACGUUGGUACACCCGAGUUCUCCAAUCAAACGACAAGCUUUCGCUCCUGAGCCUGUGACUAGAGAUGACUUUCUUAAAUAUGCCACCAACCUGAGUUUCAAUCCUGACACCACACACAAGUUCCUGAGACUCACCGAAGACAACCGAAAAGCCAGCAACACCACACCCUGGCAACACAAUUACCCUGACAUGCCCGAGCGCUUUGAGAACUGGCGACAGGUGAUGACCUCAGAGAGCCUUUACAUGGGCCGCCAUUAUUUUGAGGUGGAUCUGAGCGGAGAGGGUGCUUAUAUAGGACUCACAUACAAAAGCAUUGAUCGCAAAGGUCAAGAAAGCAGCAGCUGUAUCACAGGCAAUGACUUUUCAUGGAGCAUUGGACGAGAAAGUCAUGGGUACUCAGCAUGGCACUCUGAUGUAGAAACCCCUCUCGAAAUGGAGACUUACCCAAGGAUCGGAUGCUACAUCGACUAUGAAAAGGGUCUGCUGGCCUUCUAUGGUAUAGCUGAGACUAUGAAACUUCUUAAAAUGUAUAAUGCUAGCUUCCGGGAGCCAUUAUAUCCUGUCUUUUGGCUCUCCAAGAAGGACAAUACAGUUGUUCUAGUCAAGCCAGGAUCAAGUUCAGAAUUGCAAUGAAAAACAUUUUCAAAGAAACAGUUUCAACCAGUGCUUAAUUUGUAAAUGAAUAGUUUCCGGAACAAAACCAGCAAUCUCUCGCCACUGUGACUGACACCAACCACAUGUUCCCGGAACAUGAUGUCACUAAACGGUGGUGACGCAUCUAUAAACAUUAACCCGUUGCUGAAUGGUCUCGUGUAUUAUUCUGUUCCAUAUCCGGACCAAUCAUGGAUUAAAAUAUAUAUAUAUAUAUAUAAACGUGUUGCCUAAGAUACGCCCCAAGUCGAUGCCAUUUAACUCUUGGCAAUCUUCAUCCAGGUGUGCAGUUUCAUCUUCUCUGGAUCUCUUUUGAUCAGGCACACCAUCAGCUUUUCUCGUGGAUUUAAAAAAAUGAAAAUAUGUUUGACGGUCUCUUUGACAUUUUGAAAUUAUAAUUUUUAUUUAGGUAGACCAAUAUACCAUUCUUUCUUUCCGCUGCUCACUGCGUGCGAAACAAUAAUCACCAACCAAUGAGAGUGAUUGUAAACUUAAGAAAGCUGAUUGGUCAAAAACAUAUGUUGAGGACCAAUAGCUAAACGUUACCUCUAAGCGUAUCUGCAUAAACACACUCAGCCUUGCUCGCUGUGUUUCACUCACUCAUUCACACAUAUGUUUAAAAUAAAUACUGCAACGCAAAACACGAAAAUCGGACAUUUCCCGGAACAGGAUCCGGCUCAAAUUAAGCACUGGUUUCAGCUGAUUUUGAAUUAGGGCUACAAUGUUGUAAAUGAUACAUCCAUAAGUGAAUCAUCCAGAGGUGUACUUAUUUCAACUUUAUUUUAUGUGAUUCAUUUGAAAAUCCUAAUAAACAUUACAUUUUUCUUGCCAUAACAUGA